AUGUCAUCGUCAAGGCUCGCAUCCCAGCGCAUAAGCCAUGCCAUUUGUGUUGAGCACCUGGCAUCUGAGGUGAAGACAUUCCACCUCCGCAAGAAGGGGUUUCGAAUCUACCACAAAACAACGAGUUGUACAAGGCCCACUCUAUUUAACCCCAACCAGAUCGUCGACAUAAGCCAUCUGUCAAAAAUAUGUUCGAUCAACAAGGAAGCGCAAUAUGCAUUGGUGGAACCAAAUGUCACCAUCUUUGACCUCGUCCAAGCUGUCCUUCCUUACGGGUUGCUGCCCAAGGUUGUCAUGGAGUUUCCCAAUGUCACUGUUGGCGGGGCAUUUUCAGGAGCGUCCGGGAAUAGCAGCUGCUUCAAGUUUGGGCUGUUCGAGCAGACGAUCGACUGGAUCGAAAUAGUGCUUGCCGAUGGUCGUAUCGUGACCGCAUCACCACACGAACACCCAGACCUCUUUUAUGGUGCUGCUGGAACUUUAGGGACCUUGGGCAUCGUCACACUUUUGCGGGUGCAGUGCAUCCCUGCGAGCCCCUACGUUGAGCUGACAUACAGUCCUUUCUGUGGAGCUGCCGCGAAAGAUGAUGCCCUGAAGCAAAUCCAAUCCGAAGUCCGCGAGAACAGAGUCGAUUACGUGGAUGGCAUUAUAUUCCGACACAAUCUUGCUCUGGUCAUGACGGGUCGGCUGAGUAGGAAGCGACUCCCACCAGGCCUGCAUCAGACAUUCCAGCAAAGAAGCGACCCUUGGUUUUGCAUGCAUGCCCUAUCACUUACAUUGGCACAGGAGAAGACGACAAUCACAGUCCCAAUCUUGGACUAUCUCUUUCGUUACGACCGCGGCGCAUUCUGGGGAGGUAACGCUGCUCUUGCGUACUUCAACCUGCCCUGCAACCGUCUGUUUCGUUGGGCAUUGGAUUCUCUGCUUCAGGCGACAGCCCUGACCCAAGUCAUUCAUACAGCGAAACUGGCGCGGAGUUUCGUGGUCCAAGAUCUCGCAGUGCCACUGUCUAAUGCGAGCUCUUUUUUAAGCGACAUAUCGCAGAUCCUUGACCUCUCCGAGCGACCCAUUUGGCUAUGUCCCGUCACCAAUAUCUAUCACGACAAACCCACCUUUACUUCUUCAGUAAGGUGCCCGCGCACGAGGGAGCCUGAAAAAUUGAUCGAUGUUGGUCUCUACGGGAUGUCUUUCGCCAAUGCGGAAGAGUUUGGUAAUGUCAAUCGAGCUCUCGAGAGGUCGCUCCGCAUACACGGCGGCCAGAAAGCCUUGUUUGCUAGCUCAUUCUAUACCGAGGACGAAUUCUGGUCAAUUUAUGAUCGCAAGUGGUACACCGCCCUGCGGGAGAAGUACAAUGCAGCAUCCUUGCCGUCUGUAUAUGAGAAGGUCCAGGACCCGACCGAAGCGGAAACUGGCAAAUUGGGCCUUACACGGAAUGACGUGCUGCGUGCACGACUUGAGGGUCAGGGGGAAGCAACAAGCUGGGUGGUCGCUUGGUUUUGGCGAACCAGACCUCUACCCGGUGUUUACGGACUGAUCAAAUUCCUGGUUGGUGGCGAUUACUUGUUGAGCAAGGGUAGAUCAGUCGACAGCAGAAGACUAUAA